GAGAGGCGGUGGAGAUCAGAUCUGAGCUCUGAUCACAGCAGUAGUGAGCUGCUCACUGCCACAGUCACAACACUGUGACAUCCAUCAGGGAUUUUCACUUUUCUUCUUUUUGUCUUGUUUUGUUUUCUAUCAAACGGGUUCAGACUGAAGCAGCCCUCAAAGCAGGUGGUUACUGGGUGAUCUGAGGAGGUUCACUGUGCCACCUAUACCGGCUGUAGAACGUCAUGACAGCCGAAAAGACGAUUCCCAUAAUAAAUGGAAAAGCAGAUGAUACGAUGGACCCCGAAGCGUCGAACCCGAGCGCAGUGCGCAGCAAUGAUAAGAAGGUAGUGAAUGAGAGAGGGCAGUGGAAUAAUAAGAUUGAGUUUGUGCUGUCAGUGGCUGGAGAGAUUAUCGGGCUUGGCAACGUUUGGAGGUUCCCAUAUCUGUGUUACAAGAACGGCGGAGGUGCUUUCUUUGUGCCUUAUGUCAUCUUCUUCGUCUGCUGUGGGAUCCCAGUCUUCUUCUUGGAAACAGCACUAGGUCAGUUCACUAGUGAAGGGGGCAUCACAUGUUGGCGAAAAGUCUGUCCGCUCUUUGAAGGCAUUGGUUAUGCGACCCAAGUCAUCGAAGCCCACCUGAAUGUUUAUUAUGUGGUUAUAUUGGCUUGGGCCAUUUUCUACCUGUUCAACUGCUUUACAACAGAGCUGCCCUGGGCGUCGUGUGGUCACUAUUGGAACACGGAAAACUGUGUGGAUUUUACCAACGAAAGCAUUGCCAACUUCACCAACCCAUUUUCCACAUCACCAGUCAUAGAGUUUUGGGAACGCCGUGUUCUCAAGAUAUCCUCUGGAAUUGAAGAAGUUGGCAGCCUUCGCUGGGAACUCGCUAUCUGUCUACUUUUAGCCUGGAUCAUAUGCUAUUUCUGCAUUUGGAAAGGUCCAAAAUCAACUGGAAAGGUGGUGUAUGUCACUGCAACCUUUCCUUAUUUCAUGCUGUUGAUCCUUCUUCUUCGAGGAAUCACAUUGCCAGGAGCUGCUAAUGGAAUUAAGUUCUACCUGUACCCUGAUAUCUCUCGUCUGUCAGACCCUCAGGUGUGGGUGGAUGCAGGCACUCAGAUCUUCUUCUCGUAUGCGAUAUGUCUGGGUUGUCUGACGGCUCUCGGCAGCUACAACAGCUACAACAACAACUGCUACAGGGACUGCAUCAUGCUGUGCUGUCUGAACAGUGGCACGAGUUUUGUGGCAGGAUUUGCCAUCUUCUCCGUCUUGGGCUUCAUGGCAUAUGAACAGAAUGUGCCAAUAGAGGCAGUGGCAGAGUCAGGUCCUGGUCUAGCGUUCAUAGCAUACCCUAAGGCUGUGACCAUGAUGCCGUGGUCUCCGCUGUGGGCCUGCCUCUUCUUCAUGAUGCUCAUCUUCCUCGGACUUGACAGUCAGUUUGUAUGUGUGGAGAGUCUUGUGACCGCGAUCAUUGACAUGUAUCCCAAAACUUUCCGCGUGGGCUAUCGGAGAGAGCUUCUCAUCCUGGGAAUGUCUGUGGCCUCCUUCUUACUGGGUCUAAUAAUGUUGACAGAGGGUGGCAUGUACGUGUUCCAGCUCUUUGACUCAUAUGCAGCCAGUGGCAUGUGUUUGUUGUUUGUGGCCAUCUUUGAGUCCAUCUGCAUUGGCUGGAUCUAUGGUGGUGACAGGUUUUAUUUGAACAUUGAGGACAUGAUUGGAUACAAACCCAUCUUCUUCAUCAAAUGGUGCUGGAAGUACUUCACACCCGGCAUCUGUGCUGGCAUCUUUCUGUUCUUCCUGAUCAAGUACAAACCGCUGAAGUAUAAUAAUGUGUACACGUAUCCAGACUGGGGUUAUGGGAUCGGCUGGAUGAUGGCCAUGUCCUCUAUGGUUUGCAUCCCUCUGGGAAUCAUAUUCCAGAUCUGGAAAACGGAAGGAACUUUCCGUGAGAGGAUCAAGAAGCUGACCACACCCAGCUCUGAUCUGAAAAUGAGGGGACGCCUCGCCUCCAGGGGUCCUUGCGCUAUCAAUGAUGCUGAUGCCAAAAUGAGGGCGGAUGGCAAGAUCUCCACCAUCACAGAGAAGGAGACACAUUUCUAAACCCAAGACACGGACAUCACCGGCACAACAGACAGAAAUGUGAAGAAACAAAUAUCUUUGCCUUUAUUUUUAAAGAGAGAAAACUAUGAUCACAUUUGUAGUGUUGCUUUUUUGCACAAACAGGUAACACAUCACAAUUUAACGUCAUGAUUUGUAUCAGAGUGUAUCUAAAUCUAGAUGAAACUGUUGUCGUGUUGCGUAACUCUUUGUCACAUUAGUCAUUUCUGUGCGUGUAGAAUGAAGCUGAGGUAUAAUGUGCUGUGAAAUGUUUUUACACGUUGCCUCUCGGCUCAGCGCAGAUUACUGUAGAGUACUGUUCUAAUGGAUAGGAGAUGUAUUGAUGACCACUCCAAACGUUGGCUGUAUGUUUGUAGAUGAGGCUCAGUGUUGUCAGAUACGCUGUGAUUCGCUGUCCUUCAGCUAGCAUUGACUCGCAGGGCGAGCGUGACGUAGCGAGCCCAUUCUCCACGCUGUCUUACGCGGCUCGAAUUCUUCGCCAUUUCACACCAAUUAAACUGAGUUUGAUUGAAGGUGACAGACCAAACAGUUUAUCACUAUGAUUUUUUUUUUUUUUUUUAUUUCAGACUGGUGAUCCAGAGAGUCAUCUCAUCAUGAACCCCUCAUUAAAGUUCAUGAACAUUUAGUCUUAAUAGUGUGAUGUUUUUUUGUCUGAUGGUUUGCAUGUGAGGACAGCACAAAAGGCAUUGUACUGUUUGCUGUGGAAUGCAAAAGUGCACAUAUUAAACAUUUAUUUUCUUAACAGCACCUUAAAAGUAAUCCAUACAACUCACUAUAUUCACUGAUAAUCUAGUCUUCAUUCACGUUCAGAUUAAAAAAUGCCAUUAAUGACAAAAUGGUAUUGAUGCAUCAUUAAUUAACGUACGCAAACGUUGGCUAGAUGUGAGGGUGAGUACAUGAUGACAAUGUAGAGAAUAUUUGGGUGAAAUAUUCUUGUAAUGGUAUGGAUACAGUAAUAAAUAGAUUUGCUGUGAAAAUCCAUCCAAAGUAUAAAAGGCCACUUAUUGGAUGCUAGCUCUUUUGCCAAGAGACAAAGAAGUACACUACAAAAAAAAAAAUAUAUAUAUAUAUAUAUUUUUGUCUUGUUUUCCAGUAUAAAUAUCUACAUUUCAUCCUAAAUGAAAAUACAUUUACUGGAGAAGAAAAGUGAAAAGUUUUGUUUACUGAAAAAAAAAAAAAAAUCAAAAUGUAGUAAGCUUUUGUUUAAAACAAGAACAAAUAUCUGCCAAUGGUGUCAGAAAAAUCAACUCAAUUGUUAAAGGGAAAACAAGAUUAUUUUUCAGUAGAAAGACAUUUUUUUGCAGUGUAGUUCUUUCAUGUCUAUUUGAGGGGUUGUAGCCCGGUAAUUGACAUCCAUUAAGUCAUUAGGAAGCAGAGGAAAUGCGUUCGAAUAACCCUUGCAAUUCAACAGCCAUAAGUACUUUGAUCAAACUGUACUGAUCUGUAAUGUACUAUCACAGUGAAGAGCACUUUUUGUUCGUCGUUCACUCAGGAUGCGCUGUGAGCCCUGUGCACAUGCAUGCAAUCUUUGGUCUGGUCUGUUUCAUCGUGACAUCAUCAGUUUGUGCAAGUAAACUUGUUUGUGUUUUAAUAGCUGGUUAACUUUUCAGAAAUAUGUAUAUUUUUACAUUUCUUUAGGUUUUUUUUGUGUACUAUUUCUUGAUGAAACAAAACUGUUUCUCUGAGGACUUUUGAUAUGUCAUUCAACAAUCAAGUUCUAAGUAUAUGAUGGAAUUGUUAUAUGUGCUGUUUACACAGAUUUUGGUAUUCACAGGACAUAUGAAUUGUGUGCUUACUCAUUUUUAAAAAUAAAAGUUAAAAAGGGACAGA